AGACUAAAUAUCAAAUAUGGCUGCGCCCACUGAGUCUGGAAAACUUUCGAAAAGUGAUAGAAAAGUGCGAAAAAAACAGUCGAGAUCAAUACACACCCUUAGAAAACACGAAGGAAUAGAAACGGUUAAUGUUGCAACAAAUAACUUGUUUGUUGCUAAUGCUGGAUUAGGAAAUGGUAUAACCAGGAUUGAAGUCAUCAACAUAUUCAGACCAUUUGGAAUCUUGGAUAAUGUUGUGAUGAUAGCUGAUAAGCCAUAUGCAUUUGUCUGUUAUAACGAGACAGAAUCGGCUGAAAGAGCACAUGAAGUAAUAAAUGGAAGACCCCUUAAAUGUCCAGACGAAGUUUCAAGCACUGGAUUGAAAUUCUAUACUGCAUAUGUUGAGAAUAUACCGGUACCUGGCGUGAAACCUGUUACUCGCUGCAAUCUUCCACCCGGUCUCGUCCUGAUACCAGACUUCAUCACCCAUGAAUAUGAGAAACGACUCGUAGAAUGUGUGAAAUGGGAUGAAUCUGAUCCUGAAAGAGAAGUAGGAGAGCGUGACCAGCGAAGUUUGAAACAUCGACGAGUCAAACAUUAUGGCUAUGAAUUCAUCUACGGCAUCAAUAAUGUUGACCAAGAGAAGCCCCUUCCUGAAGGAAUACCAUGUGACUGUAAUGAGGUUUUGGAUAAGAUUCUCCAGUUAGGCUGUGUCAGGAAGAGGCCAGACCAGUUGACUGUUAAUCAGUAUGAACCUGGCCAAGGAAUCCCACCACAUAUUGACACCCAUUCAGCAUUCGACAAUGCAAUCAUUUCUCUCAGCACUGGAGCCCAGGUUGUGAUGGAUUUCCGCCAUCCGGAUGGCACCCACCUCCCUGUUGUCCUUCCUCCAAGAAGUCUUCUUGUGAUGACGGGAGAAUCCCGCUAUGUCUGGACUCACGGCAUCACCCCCAGGAAGUCAGAUGUCGUGGAAACAGAGAAUCUGGGGAAUGGGUUGACGUUAUCUCAUCGAGGGAUCAGGACAUCGUUCACCUUCAGGAUCCUGAGGAGGAGACCAUGUGACUGUGAUUACCCGAGGCAAUGUGACAGUCAAACCAACACAACUGAAGAAGAAAGAAACGUCCUUCCAAAAUCCUCCUCUGAGGCAGCAGCCCUAGAAAGCAGACAUGUUCAUGAGGUGUAUGAAGAGAUCGCCAGUCAUUUUAGUGACACACGACACAGCCCGUGGCCCAAGGUGGCACAGUUCUUAAAGGAGCUACCGAAAGGUUCCAUGGUGGUAGACGUUGGCUGCGGAAAUGGAAAAUAUCUUGGAGUCAAUUCAGAUCUGUUUAUAAUUGGUAAUGACCGGAGCGAGAAUCUAUUGACUGUCUGCCGCGAGAGAGGAUUCAAUGUGUUCAUCUGCGACUGCCUCAGCAUCCCAUUGCGACCGGGAACAUUUGAUGCCUGUAUCUGCAUAGCUGUUAUACACCACUUAACAACCAAGGAAAGAAGACUUGCUGCUGUCAGGCAGAUCAUCGACAUCCUCCAAGUUGGUGGGAGGGCCUUGAUAUAUGUCUGGGCUCUCGAACAAGAACUCCAUAAAGUCAAGUCGAAUUAUCUUAAGAAGUCAAAGAUGAGAAAGAGUCACGACGUUGGAACAUCUGCUUCGGGGAUAGAUUGCUCCAUGAAGGGCUGGGAUGGAUUUACACAGGGAAGGGAUGGAAAGACGCCUGCUUGUAUUUCUCCUGUUGGAGAUUGUGAUAUGAACAUGAGAGAGUUGUCUUUGACAGACAAUGAGGACAAAUCGAGGAGUGCUAACUCUUGUACCACAGGAGCUUCUGCUUCAGAGAGUGGCAUUUUAGAAAGUGAUAGCUCGACUGCUUCAGGUUUUUGUCAAACAUUGAAGAAUGAUGACAUCAGUGGUAGAAUAAGUGUCAUGGAGAAGAGAGCUUGUGAUAAUACUGUGGACAAUGGAGGAUGUACCUUCUUCUCUGAAAAAUAUGUUGAAAAUGUCACAAUUUCAGAAUCUUGUGUGAAACCUAUAGAAACUGCUGUUUCAGACUCAAGUGAAAUUUCUUCAUGCCUUCCAGUUCAUGUAAACAGGACACAGUUCAAACAUCAGGAUAUGCUGGUGCCCUGGCAUAAGAAACCAAAAGCUGCUGCAGAAAGGGAUCAGACUGAGAAGGUCUACCAUAGAUUCUAUCAUGUCUUCAGGGAGGGAGAGCUAGAGGAGUUGUGUAGAGAGGUGCCGGGGGUGAGGAUUAUACAUGGUUAUUAUGAUAAAGGCAACUGGUGUGUGAUUGUUGAGAAAACGAGCUGAUGGUUAGUCCAAUUGGUUUGCCUUUGGUGCUGGUUGAUAUGCUCAUUGAAGGCCUCUUUACUUCCUACUCAUUGUUGCUCAUGUUCACCUAUGCUGUGAGUGAAUCCUCUGAUUCAAUAAAGGCAGU